AGAAAUGUUCUUUUAUUUAUAUUAUGCAGAUUUCGUAUUGUUGCGUUUUGUAUUUUAAAGUGGGAAAUAUAAUUUUUCAUAUAUGGUUGAAAUUUGUUACGCGUUUGAUCCCUUAAUUAGGGACGGAGCGUGUUUUUGGAAUGAGGCUUAUUAUUAUCCUUAUUAUUAUUAUUAAGUCAACGUGUUUCUUGUAGAAAUACUCAUACUUGCAUGGCUCUUAUAGCCUACACAUGAGGGCUUUUACUUUUUUUUUUCAUGAGUUACAUCUAUUUACCUGUUUUUUUACUCUUACGUAUUUGUGUCACAAUACUUCUAGCAAACAAUUUUUUUGGUGACAAAAACUAUGACUUGGAAUAUAACGCGUGGAACUAUGUCAAAAUCACCAGCUGUACUGUACAAUUGUGUUGAUGCGUAGUUCGUUAAGUCUUUAAAAAGAUUUUAAUUAAUUUAUUUUAGGCAACUUAUCUUUAAAGCACAAUAUUUACAAGAGAUAAUGUUUACAGUAACACCGAACAUAUGAGAUACGUAUACGUACAGAGGGGCUGACUAGACAAUUUAAAAAAAAAUAGAACUUAAAUUUACUUUCACUUAAUGCAUGCAUGUGACGACAGGUGCAUUGGUAUUGCACGAGCCAUCACAGGUUGCUUCAAACUCCCGUCUUAGUGUGUGAGCAGGUUAACAACACCAGAGAAAAGAACACACAAAAAAAGAGUGUCCGCAAUGCACUGUAGCAUUCGUGUUUGACAAUGAAGAUCAAUCUUCUGUUCGUAGGAACAGUUGUAAGUUAAAGUGGUUCCGCUUUCAUUUUAUUAUUGUUGUAUACAGGUUUUGUCUACAAUAUGUUGUUGACAUGUGUUUUCUACAUGUGUUUAACUACAUGUGUUGACUACAUGUGUUGUGUACAUGCUUUGUCUGCAUGUUAUCCACAAGUGUUGCCUACAUGUGUCUUUGAUAGGUUUUGUGUACAUGUGUUAUCUACAUGUGUUGUCUACACGUGUUGUCUACAGGUUUUGUCUUCAUGAUUUGAAAUUCCUUUUUCUUUAAUACAAAUGUAGAUGUAAGAUUUGUGGGCGGAGGAAAUGGACAUUUCAAGACAACAUAAUGGGGCAGGUCUUUUUUAAAAUAAUUAUAUCAACAAAAAUGUUCGAAAAGACAUGUUGCAUUUUAUUUGGCCUCAGAUUUGUACAUUUCAGUAAUAAAAAUAAUUUUUCGUUUACAGGCUCUGACCUUUGUCACCCUCUCACAGGUCAGUUACAGUUCAAUGCAAUGUUUUCUCUUCAGUAUACUUGUCAUUUUAAAAUAUUUUAUCACUAAGGCGAUAUAUUUAUUUGUUUUAAAUUAACGCAGGAAGUAAAAUUUUAACCAUUUUAAAAGCUUUAUUGGAGACGAUAUAUAUCUGUACGUAUUUAUAUAUCCCAUUAGAAAAUAUUCUCAAAUCCUAUUAACUAGCAUGUUUGUCUAUUUCAGACUCAACUGAGUAAGUAAAUACUUGAAUAUUCAAAAGUUGUUAUAAAUAUAUUAUAUAUAUAUAUUUUUUUAAAUUCUUUUAAAUUUAUUUAUUUAUUACUAUGUUAUGGAACUAUACGCCUCUGCCUAUAAGAUAUGAGUGAGACAAAAGAUUAUGACCAAAGUCAAUGAACUAGCUGAUGUUCAUUAUCCUGGGAGGCUUAUUAUGUAUACUAAUAAACAUUUAUCUCAUUUCCUGGUUCCGAAUUUAGUCACUACUCUUUUUUUCUUUCUUUAAAUAAUAUAAACAAAGUUGACAAUAAUAUAUAGCUUGCUGGGUUUAUUUCACACAUGUAUAAAAAACAAGUUUCUAUUAAAUUGACUCAUCCAUUUUUUUUUUAAUUUGACUAAAAGUUCAUCCCUUAUUGAAAAAAAAAUGUAUGCAGACCACCUCAACAAAAACUCUUCCUGUCCUAUUGGUUGUCAUUGUAACGGACUAGCACAAUUUUCUUUUUUUUUAAUCGUGCCCCCCUCCACGCAGUAAGGAGAGAUCCAUGUAGAAAUUUCGAUUGCCAGAACGGCGGGGCAUGUGUCGCCCCUGCUGACGCCCCCUACUGUCUAUGUCCCCCUGGGUACACGGGAAGCCAGUGUGAGUCGAAGAUAACGGGUGAAGGACCAUGGAAGUGCCCAGUAAGUCUGAGUUACAUUUUUUAAAGUGUAUAUUCUUGGACGUUCAAAUUUUCACUGACAAAACGUGUUUUUAAUUGAACUCAAAACAUUACUCUGUGACAUCCUCAAACACUUCUCUAACGACAGAAGAGUGGAGUUUUUCUUUAUAUAUUUUAGCAUUAGCAACAUUUCAAUGGAAAGAUGCACAUGUUACAUCGCAUUUUACGCAAUAAAUGAUUUUCUAAAAAUAUAGAUAACGUACACAUAUAAGUAAAAGGUCAUAUUAAGAUUUCUUCAUUUUUAAAAAAGUUGUACUCGUUUUAUAAUUGAAUAAGAUAUUUUUAAAAAUCUUACCCUUAUUGUUUUUAUUAAUCAACGUUUGCCC